AUGGCGUUCCGUCAACGCCUCGCAAAACCUUUAUUAUAUACCAUUGGAGCUACAUCAGUAGGUGGUGGCGUUCUCUACUACACAUACCGACCACGAAACAUCCCCGGUUCAGAUUCCGCAGUCGUUCCACCGUUCGGCGCAGAUGGCCAUUUCAUCCCUCCUAGAUUCCCCAAGAUCAAGAGCAGAUUAGAACAAAUUGCAGAUUUGAAGAGAAGUGGAGGAUCUCAAGGUUCCAUAAGUGUGCCGCAGAACGAAGACGAUGUUUAUGAUUUAUUGGUCAUAGGAGCCGGAGCCACAGGUGCAGGCGUCGCACUCGAUGCGGCAACUCGCGGAUUGAAAGUGGCAGUGGUCGAGAGAGAUGAUUUCAGCAGUGGCACAAGUUCCAAGAGUACAAAGUUGGUACAUGGAGGUGUGCGAUAUUUGGAAAAGGCAGUGUGGGAAUUGGAUUAUAAUCAAUAUGCGUUGGUCAAGGAGGCAUUGAGGGAACGAAAAUACUUUUUGGAUACCGCACCACAUUUGUCGAGUUGGUUACCGAUUAUGUUGCCUUUGGAUAAAUGGUGGAAAGCACCUUAUUAUUGGGCAGGUACAAAGGCGUAUGAUUUCUUGGCUGGAAGUGAGGGUAUCGAAACGAGUUACUUUUUGACGAGGAGUAAGGCUCUCGAUGCCUUCCCCAUGUUGAAGAAGGAUAAUUUGGUCGGAGCUCUGGUUUAUUACGAUGGUGCUCAUAACGAUUCGAGAAUGAAUGUCUCGUUGGCUAUGACUGCUGCGUUAUAUGGAGGUACCGUGGUAAAUCAUCUUGAAGUCACCGGAUUAGAAAAGGACGCCAAUGGAAAACUUUGCGGUGCAACCGUCAGAGAUUUAAUAGAUGAGAAGGACGGAAAAACAUCAAAAGAGUUCAAAAUCAGAGCAAAGGGUGUUAUCAACGCAACAGGUCCUUUCUGCGAUUCAAUCAGAAAGAUGGAUGAUGAAGCGGUUAAGGAAAUUGUAGCACCAAGUUCGGGUGUUCACGUUAUUCUACCCGGUUAUUACAGUCCUCAAAAGAUGGGUCUUAUUGAUCCUAAUACUUCAGAUGGCAGAGUUAUUUUCUUCCUUCCAUGGCAAGGAAACACAAUCGCUGGUACAACAGAUUCUCCUACAAAAAUCUCGUAUAACCCAGUUGCAUCAGAAGAGGAAAUCGAUUGGAUUCUUUCGGAAAUUCGAAGAUACCUUGCACCAGAUAUCAAUGUUAGAAGAGGUGAUGUUCUAGCUGCUUGGUCAGGUAUUCGUCCUUUGGUAAAGGAUCCAAAUGCGAAAAACACGGAAUCCCUUGUUAGAAACCAUCUCAUCAAUAUCUCACCGUCAGGUCUCUUGACUUGUGCAGGUGGUAAAUGGACAACUUAUCGUCAAAUGGCAGAAGAAUGUGUUGAUGAAGCCAUUUCGGAAUUCGGACUUAAGACGAAGCCAGUAAGAGAUGCACCAGAUGUUUCCGGAACUCAACUUCACGAUGAUGGUGCUCAUCUCAAUGGUACUUGUCAAACUCAUCAAGUUAAAUUGGUUGGUGCACAUGGAUUUUCGAAAACUCUCUUCAUCAACCUUAUUCAACAUUUCGGAUUAGAAACAGAUGUUGCCAAGCAUUUGACUGAGAAUUACGGUGAUAGAGCUUGGACUGUCGCAUCACUUUCUUCACCUACCGAACAACGUUUCCCAGUUAGAGGUGAAAAGAUUUCCCCACUUUAUCCAUUUGUGGAUGGCGAGGUUAGAUAUGCUGUUAGACAUGAAUAUGCUCAAACAGCAGUUGAUGUACUUGCAAGAAGAACUAGAUUGGCAUUCUUGAAUGCACAGGCUGCUUUGGAGGCGGCACCAAAGGUUAUUGAUAUUAUGGCUGGAGAACUUGGAUGGAGUAAUAAGAGAAAGGAGGUUGAGUGGACUGAUACUGUCAAAUUCCUCGAAUCAAUGGGUCUUCCUAAAUCUAAACUCACAGCCACGAGAAAACAGGUUGAAUCGGGGAAGUUGGAAUUCAAGGAUUCGGUGGAAUAUAAGAUGUAUAGUAGACAUGAUCAACCAGGGGAUGAGCUGGAAACCGAUCUCAAAUUUGGAGGAAAGGGAGGUUUGAAGAGUGGUGCUGCGGCGGAGAAGUGA